CCUAGCCAACAAGUUGAACCAAGCUAUUAAAUUUCUGCCCAUGUGAUUCAAGACAAGUAGACAACUGCUCUAUUUAAACAGCUCUUUUCCAGAGAAAUCCAUCACCUAUCCUCUCUCUUUGUUUACUACCAAUUUCUGUUUUUCUUGAAAGAACGAGAUGCUGAACAAGUUUGUGGACGCCAUCACAGGCAAACAUGAUCAUGAGACGAAGAAGAAGAUCAAAGGAACAGUGGUGUUGAUGAAGAAGAACGUGCUGGACUUCAAUGACUUCACUGCUUCAGUUGUUGAUCGGCUUGAUGAGUUUCUUGGUAAAAAGGUCUCUUUGCAGCUUAUCAGUUCUGUCAAGGCUGAUCAUUCAGGGAAUGCAUUGAAAGGCAAGUUAGGGACUCCUGCAUUCUUGGAGAAGUGGAUCACUACACUCACCUCUUUAACGGCUGGCGAAUCAGCCUUCAAUGUCACAUUUGACUGGGAUGAAGAAGUUGGAGCUCCAGGAGCUUUUAUCAUAAAGAACCUUCACCAUAAUGAGUUUUACCUUAAAACAGUAACUCUAGAAGAUGUUCCGGGACAUGAGCGUAUCAAUUUUGUUUGCAACUCUUGGGUUUAUCCAGCUGAUAAAUACAAAACAGACCGCAUUUUCUUCUCUAAUCAGGCAUAUCUUCCACAUAAUACUCCAGAACCACUGAAGUUCUAUAGGGAAGCAGAAUUAGUAAACCUGAGAGGAGAUGGAACUGGAGAGCGCAAGGAAUGGGACAGGAUAUAUGAUUAUGCUUAUUACAAUGAUCUGGGAGAUCCUGACAAGAAUGAUCCAAGCUAUGUCCGUCCAGUCCUGGGAGGAUCUGUUGAAUAUCCUUACCCUCGCAGGGGAAGAACAGGGAGACCACCCACUAAGACUGAUCCUAAAUCUGAGAGCAGGUUGCCACUGCUUAUGAGCCUAAAUAUUUAUGUGCCAAGAGAUGAGCGAUUCGGACACUUGAAGAUGUCAGACUUCCUUGCUUAUGGAUUAAAAUCCAUUUCUCAGUUACUUUCCUCUGAAUUGGAGACUCAAUUUGACAGCACACCAAGCGAGUUUGACAGCUUUGAAGAUAUGCAGAAAAUCUACGAAGGAGGAAUCAAGCUACCUAAAAGCUUAACUGAAAACAUCUCUCUCGAGAUUCUCAAGCAAGUUCUGCCAACAGAUGGUGAAGGACUUCUAAAAUAUCCAUUGCCAAAGAUUAUUGAAGGGGAUAGAUCUGCAUGGAGGACAGAUGAAGAAUUUGCAAGAGAAAUGCUUGCUGGAUUGAAUCCUGUGAUAAUCAGUGCCCUCAAGGAGUUCCCUCCAGUGAGCAAGCUAGAUCCUAAUGUCUAUGGAAAUCAUACUAGUACAAUAACCAGAGAACACAUAGAGAAUAAACUUGAUGGAUUGACAGUUGAAGAGGCAAUCAAAACAAAUCUUCUUUUCAUUCUGAACCACCAUGACACAAUUAUGCCAUAUCUGAGGCGAAUAAAUGCUACACCUACGAAAACUUAUGCUUCAAGGACAUUGCUCUUUCUGCAUGAAAAUGGAACUUUAAAGCCAGUAGCAAUUGAAUUAAGCUUGCCACAUCCAGAUGGAGAUCAAUUUGGCGCUAUUAGCGAAGUAUAUACACCUGCUGAACAAGGAGUUGAGAAUGCCAUUUGGCAACUGGCUAAAGCUUAUGUUGCAGUAAAUGACUCGGGCAUUCAUCAGCUCAUCACACACUGGUUGCGCACACAUGCAGUAAUUGAGCCAAUUGUGAUUGCAACAAACAGGCAGCUAAGUGUGCUUCACCCUAUUUAUAAGCUUCUCCAUCCUCACUUCCGCGACACGAUGAACAUAAAUGCUAUAGGUCGUCAGAUUCUGACUAAUGCAAAAGGAGUUAUUGAAAGCACACUUUUCCCUUCAAGGUAUGCGAUGGAAAUGUCAUCCUUUCUUUACAGGGAUUGGGUGUUUCCUGAGGAAGCACUUCCUGCUGAUCUUGUUAAAAGAAAAAUGGCAGUCAAGGAUUCAACUUCCCCUUUUGGCCUUCGCUUACUAAUUGAGGAUUAUCCUUAUGCUGUCGAUGGCUUGAAGAUUUGGUCAGCUAUCAAAACAUGGGUGACAGACUACUGCUCCUUUUACUACAAAAGUGAUCAGAUGAUUCAGGAAGACAUUGAACUCCAAUCCUGGUGGAAAGAAGUAAGAGAAAAAGGGCAUGCUGACAAGAAAGAUGAACCAUGGUGGCCACGAAUGAAGACCAUCACUGAACUAAUUGACUCAUGCACUAUAAUAAUAUGGUUGUCUUCUGCUCUUCAUGCAGCAACCAAUUUUGGUCAGUGGCCAUAUGCUGGUUAUCAGCCAAAUCGUCCUACCACAAGCCGCAGAUUCAUGCCUGAACCUGGUACUCCUGAGUAUGAAGAGCUGAAGUCUAAUCCUGACAAGGCUUUCUUGAAAACUAUCACAGCCCAAUUCCAGACUCUACUUGGUCUAUCCACCAUUGAGAUUUUAUCAAGGCACACUACUGAUGAAGUUUAUCUCGGACAAAGGGAGAAUCCUCAAUGGACAAAGGACACAGAACCACUUGAAGCUUUUAAAAGAUUUGGACAAACUCUGUCUGAAAUUGAGGAUCAAAUUCUACGGAUGAAUGGUGAUCCAAAGUGGAGAAACAGGGUUGGACCAGUUAACAUACCAUACACCUUGCUUUUCCCUACGAGUGAAAGUGGAAUAACUGGCAAAGGAAUUCCAAAUAGUAUAGCAAUAUGAUUCUCACCAUAUCCAAUUUGAUUCUUGUAUACACAUACAAUUGUCCAAAAUAAGGAUAUUCUCUACAUAUUGAUUUAGACAUCCUAUAUUAUUAGCAAUGUCUUUGUCUAA